AUGGGAAAUGAAUGUAAAUGCUUUCAAGCUUAAGAAGAACCAUCUUAAAUAUUGAUUACAAAGAGUGAGAGAUCAAAUGGCAUACGAAAAUAAUUAAUUAGCGAAAGGAAACUUUUAAAUUAAAGAAGACAUAAUACUGAAACAAUAUAUCAGUCAACCAAUAAUUGUUAUCAAAAAUCUUCAAAGUUUUCAUAAAGAAACGAAGCACCUUAAGGAUUAAAUUGUUACUUCUAAAGUAUUAAGUCUUAUAAAGAGUUUAAUUCACUUUAAACUCCUUAUCAAAAAUUUGAACUUACUUAAUCGUUAUAACAAUAGAAUACAGAGAAGAAAAAGUCUGAUAGUAAUUUGCUCUAUGAUGGGGAUUGGGUAAUUCAAUAAAUCAUAAUAGUUAGGAGAGGUUAGAGAUGGUUUUGGUGAAUAAAUUUGGAAAGAUGGGGCUAGAUAUAUUGGGGAAUGGAGAAACAAUUAAGCAAAUGGUUAUGGAAUAUUCUAUCAUGUUGAUGGGGAUAUAUAUGAAGGAUUUUGGAAGGAUGAUAAAGCACAAGGAUAUGGAGUAUACAUGCAUAAAGAUGGAUCUCGAUAUGAAGGGGAUUGGGAUUAAGAUCUUUAUCAUGGAACUGGUUGUGAAACAUGGAUAGAUGGUAGUAAAUAUGAAGGUCAUUACUCAAAAGGUAUGAAAAAUGGAUAAGGAAUUUAUAAAUGGGCUGAUGGGAGUUUAUAUGAUGGAUAAUGGGAAGAUAAUAAAAUGAAUGGUUUUGGUAAAUAUACAUGGGCAGAUGGGAGAUAUUACGAAGGUUAAUGGAAGAAUGAUAUGAUGCAUGGUACUGGAACUUAAAUAUGGCCAGAUGGAAGAAAAUAUGAAGGAAAUUAUGAAUUCGAUUAAAAAAAUGGUUUUGGUGUUAUGGAAUGGAGUAAUGGAAAAAAAUAUGAAGGCUAUUGGUUAAAUGGUAAACAGCAUGGAGAAGGUAAAUUAAUAAGUGCAAAUCAAGAACCAGUAGUAUGCUAAUGGAGAAAUGGUUAGAGACUAUGA